AACUAUGAAAUAAUAUAUGGAACAUGUAUAGAAUUUUGUGGUAAACAAAAAAAAAGUGGGGGAAAAAACAAAUAUAUUUCAUAUCUUAGAUUCUUCAAAGUAGCCAGUGUUUACCUUGAUGACACUUUGCACACUAUUGGCAUUAUCUUAACCAGCUUCAUGAGGGAGUAAUUAACAGGUGCCUCAUCAAAAGUUAAUUAGUGCAGUUUCUUGCCUUCUUAAUGCAUUUGAGAUCAAAUAAUAAAUAAUAAUACAGUAAACAGCCCUAUUCCAUAACUGUAGUAAUCCAUAUUAUGUCAAGAGAAACGACAUCCAUCAUUACUUUAAGACAUGAAGUGACUUUUAAUGAAUAAAAAUCCUAGUUGUGAAUUUAGUGAGGAAAUGCUGCUCCACUUGCUGGCGCGCGCGCUUGCACUUUUUAAACACCUGCCCGCCUUGUCACCAUAGCAACAAGGAGACGCUGGAGCUGUUAGCAUGGAGAAUGGGUUUGCUUUAUUAUCACGACGCUGAAAACUCCACCAUCAUAUCAACAAUAAGGGGGGGAAAUGAACAAGGAGCUAGUUUUUCUGUUCUCAAAAUUAGCAACCUGCUUCUCACAGUAGCAUUACCUAACUAACUGUUUUAUCACGGCGACAUUUUGUUAGCAGGCUAGCUACAGUAACUCCCAUUAGCUAGAGUUAGCCACUGCAAUAGUCAUGACUGAGACUCGGGUUGUUCCAAGCGGAAAGGUUUAUCGACAAAUGUUUGACGCUCAGGCUCACUUGUCACUGUCUAUUCAUGAAAGGAGAAGGAGGCGUGCUGCACAUGCAGGUUCUCUGAGUGAGGAUAGCCCCAUUAGCAGGAACACAGACACUGGAUCCGAUCAGUAUCCUCUAAGGAGUCAAAGUGGGGCUGAGCAGUGCUCUGAGGUUGCCAUGAGAAACCAGCUUUUUUCAGGAACACAACCUGUAUUCAGCAUAGACCAGGAUGAUCAUGAAGAGAUCAGAGGACUGCCUGACAGUGUCGUUUCGGCAAAGACGGGCUCAGACAUCGUUGAGCGACUCAAGAAGAAAAAACAAAGGGAACACAUGGAAGCUGUCACUCAGCUCCAAAGAGAGUUUACUGAGCUCAGUGCGGACUUUGAGUCAUUGGUGAGAGAGACUGGGGAAGAUUUCCUUCUCAAACUAUCAGAAUAUGAUGAGGAGGUGGAGAGAUCGAUGCAGAAAACAGAACAUGGUGCUGAUUUAGAAUCCUUCAGCCAGCAGGAUCUACAUGAGAUUUGGACCUGUGUAAGCCAUGAGUUUGCUAUGAGGAGAAAUUGUAUCCAGGAGUUGGAUGAGCUAUUUGUCAAAUAUGAGCUUGAACGAGCAGCAAUGAUUACUGCAGUGCUACGGAAAUACACAAUGAAACUUGAAAAAAUCAGUUAUCUGAUGCCCAGUGAUAUCCACCGAUUAAUUAAUAAUGAAGCUAUGAUGAUAAAUCAAGCAUUGCUGGCAAACAGACGAGCUGUGGCUAAACUCCAUUUGAACCUGAUGGAAAAGGAUUUGCAGAAAGAGGUUCUUUACCACCAGAGAUGGCAGACAAACCUUCAGAACUGGAAAAAAAUCAAGGUUGCUGUUGCAGUCAGCCAGUUUAAAGACUUCAUGAACAGCCCUGAAAUUCAAAACCCCAAAAAUGUACAAGACGCUUUAAACACCAUGCAGACAAAACAAAAAGCAUACAGUGAGCAACGCCUCAAAAUCCUUGAGCAAGUCAGAAACAUGACCCCACCAAACUGCUCGAAAUCAUCCGCUGCUGAAUGGUACGCCUCUUUAUCUUCAGUGAAUGAGCAAAUUGAUUGCAUGCACACGGAGACCAUGACAAAACUGCGUGAAUAUUAUGAGAAUACCUGGCAAGACUGUUCCCUGGAAGUUGAACGCGUCAAGAAUGAAGUGUCUACCUAUGGAGUCACCUCAGACCAGAUACAAGACGUUGUUAUUAGUGAGAUGGUGCCUCUUAUUGGCAAAUGCCAGACCCAAGCGGAGGAGCGUUUAGCAGCAAUGGAAAAAGCCUUUGAGGGUUUGGCCAAAACUGCUGCAUUCCUGAGUAAGUCUUUGUUCAAAUUUGUGCAUGGGGCAGCUAAUAUUUGGGACGUGCACAGCACAGGUCUGCAGAGGACCAAGCAGCAGUUGCAGGAUUCUCUCAAGGAAGUCAGCAAGAAGUAUGAAGAAAAGAAGGAAAAAAAAGAGGCUCGGCUGGAUGUGAUGAUGGACAAACUCAGGCAGGAAAGCACAGAGGAGGCCCUCAAAGCUGGACUGGAGCAGAUACUUAACUUUUUAGAGGAAAUUAAGGAAGGGUCUGUCAAUUUCUAUAAGGAGGGAGCUGAUACAGUGGAGAGUUAUCCUGUAAUGGUCCUAAAAGAAAUACACACGUACAGCAUGUCAGUUAGUCAGUACUUCAGUGUCAACGAAAUGUACAGUCAGGACCCAGAGGAGCUUCAGAUACUUUAUCCUUCACUUAUCCUUGGUGCAAGUCAGACAUCUCGCAUAAAGAAGUCACCCUCAGUAAAUCUUUGCCCAAAUGCUUUCCAGAAUGUUACUCCUCAAGCACACACUCCAGAUUUAUCCCACACUGAGGAGAAUAUUGAUUUCUCACAGGAGUUCAGAGACUCUCAAAACAAUGAAACUUUCACAACAGUAAAGGGAAACGUCUACAGCUGCCCUGUAAUACAGUGUGAAGAUGCUGAAGAGAUUUUCAAUGUUCUGGAAGUGGAAGCAGUUUUGUAUCCAAAAAGUCUCAUAGUUGAAUUACAAAGAGAUGUAAGAAAGAAAUUCUUUAAUCACCUUGAGGAGAGGAAUCAGGAGGUUCUGAAUCACGCCGUGGCCAUCAUGGAAGCCAAGAAAGAGAAGCUGAAGUCUGAACUGGAUCUCCGGCUCCAUCUCCAUCAGCCUCGAGCCAAGAGGAUCGAGAUGGACAUUUACAAUGUCCGAGCAGCUGAACUGAUCUUACAUAAAGAUCGUGUGGAUAGACACUGCAACGGUGUUCUACAGGCUCUAGCUGAUUUCCGAACCGACUUCAACAACCUCCAGGUCACACAGCAUGAUAAAACUGAAGAUUUUCGUGCUAAAAUUUCCAGCAUGGAGGACAUGUUGUACACUGCUACCAAGUCUGACAUGCUGGUGAAACUUGGUGAUUCACUACAAAUCAGCUUAGCUGAACACAUGAAUGACUUUCAAGAAUCACAGAGGCAAUUCAGACAAAACAUGGAGAUCAGAUUUGAGGGCCUUAGAGAGGCCAAUGCACAAUUAAUGAAGCAUUUCAAGCUCUUUUCUGAAGGAGGUAAUUUUACCCCAAAUGAGAUUGAGCAAUACAGAAAGCAGCUAGAGAAGAUUGCUAAAUGCAUCGACUCGGCUGAUGAGGCUCUAAUGCUGGACAUGGAGUGUGCAGAAUCCAAAUGCCUGGACCAGGCAAAAGAUGCAAUCAGGAAGUUUGAAGAGAAGCUCCAGUUUCUGAAAGUGGAUCUAAUAUUUCUUGAGAAAAUCCAAAGAGUACUCACAAACACCCAAGUCCAGAUUAAAUCAGAGGCCAUGAAGAGCAACGCUCACAAAAAAAAGAUCAACACUGUGAUGAGUGAACUGAAAGAUAAGCUUGAUGCCUGCACCCAACUCGGUCUGGAUAACAGGGUAACAUCUGGUGACAUUUUUGGUUUAACAUCUUCCCUGAUAGAAGAACUGAGAAUGAGAAGUCAGUAUCUGGACUGUUAUCUGGACCUUUCUAUGGCUGUUCCACUGCCUGACACACCUCUGCAGGGGGCAUUUGCUGUGGCUGCUCGUAAAUGGUCCCGUAAGCAGGAGAAAGUGGGAAACCCAGCUACGGAUCCCCUUCUCCAGCCCAGCAGAAUGGGAAGUACCUUCAUGGAUGACAAGGCUGUAGAGGUGAUCAGAGGACUGCAAAGGAUAAGCAAACCUCAAACCUGCCAAGAGAUCAGUGUAGGUCUUAAAGCGACAAAGUCAGCAGCUCCUCUCAGAACAAGUUCUCCUCCAGGGUCAGUCAACUCCCAGAGGGUGAGGAGAUUGACCAAACCCAAUCGGUUUGAUAAGAGAUUCCAAGUGUUCGGCCCUAAACCUGAUGAUCAACAGGAAAUCCUCACUUUUAAAGGUUUGAUCACUAACAUUCUGUGGGAAGCCAAUGACCGCCUUCUUCAGGAAGCUGAGGACUUCUACAAGAAAAAGGGGCGCCGCUUGGUCAGCCGUCCUCGGUAUAUUCAGGAAUCUUUUGAGCCGUGUGCUGAAGACUUGAACAAGAGACUCCUUGUCUACCAAAGUCAAUCUGAUGAGUACCACCAUAGCUGUGUACAAGAGUUCUGUAAGCAGCUGAAGACCAUUGAGGAGAUGGUCUGUGAGACACCUGAAGCACUUCUAACAAAACUGAGAGAUGAACAUUUGGGGGACCUGAGUCAGAGUUUGACACUCAUCCGCCAGCAGUUUGAACGGACUCGGCAACAAAGUGAAGAAAAGAAGAGAGAACACAGCGGUCAGCUGUCUGUACGUCUGAGCCACCCGGCUUGUGAGGAAGAACUGAACAGGCUGGUCACAGCUGAGGAUGACCGGCAGGAAGAACUGAGGAAGGCUAUUACAAAUAACAGACUGGAACUCCAGGCGUGUAUUAAGAAGAAUGCAGAUGAGUUUGUGACUGCACUUGCCACAUUGACAGAGAACUUGCUCUUCCAAUUGGACAACAUCCUGACCGUUGACGAGAUCCAAGGUGGAUCCGUAGAACCAAAGCAGGAAAACAUCAUAACACUUGUUCGGAAAACAAAAGCGGAUCCUGUACAGGAAGAGGAUGAGAAGAGUCCUUUACUGGGGAGAGGGAGCAGAGUGUGGCCAGGAGUUACUUACUUUGGGACCACUGACGGUUCAUCUGUCAAACGAGAGACAGCCACCAUCACUACAGCUAAAACCACAAUGGCACACUUUAAGGCUAUGGAGGUUCGAAAUGCUCUGCAUCAGAGUUAUGAGCAGAGGCUCAUGGAGGAGCUUGAGAGUGUGGAGAAAUCCAGGCAGGAACAGGAGGCAGAGUUGUUCCAUUGGAAAGAGCACUGGAGAGGCCAACUAAAGACACUCUCUACACUCAACUCAGAAUGACUGUGAGGGACUAGUGGACAUUCUCUGUCAGGAACGAUACAGGAACAAUACAACUCAAGCAUAAACGCAUAGCCACUACACUCCCUACCCAUCCCAUGCCAAGCUCUGAUGUCUAAUAUUCUUCUUCUUUCAGCUGCUCCCGUUAGGUGUCACCACAGCAGCUCAUCAUGAUCUACAUGUUUCAUUUAGCAUAGGUUUUACACCAUAUGCCCUUUCUGACGCAACCCUCCCAAACCUAUCCAGGCUUGGGACCGGCGCUAAGUAUACACUGGCUUUUGCAACCCCAGUGGCUAGGUAUAAUAUCCGAUGUCUAAUGCUUGUGUUAAGUAAAUUUGAUUUUACUUUUUUUUUUCUCUACAAAUUGAGGAAAAGGGUGGCAUGGUGGUGUAGUGGUUAGCACUGUCGCCUCACGGUAAGAAGGUCCUGGGUUCGAGGCCAGCGGGGCCUUUCUGUGUGGAGUUUGUAUGUUCUCCUCAUGUCUGUGUGGGUUUCCUCCGGGUGCUCCAGUUUCCCCCACAGUCCAAAGACAUGCAGGUUAGGCUAAUUGGUGGCUCUAAAUUGACCGGAGGUGUGAAUGUGAAUGGUUGUUUCUCUCUGUGUCACCCCUGUGAUGACCUGGCGACUUGUCCAGGGUGUACCCCACCUCUCACCCAUAGUCAGCUGGGAUAGGCUCCAGCUUGCCUGCAACCCUGUAGAACAGGAUAAGUGGUUACAGAUAAUGCAUGGAUUGAGGGAAAGACUUCUGUUUUAUAGCAGCUUGACACUUGAUGGGUCAUUUACUUGUUCAUCAUCUCAAUUAUUCAGAGGAGGUGACGUGAAUCAGGCCCUCACAGUUGAAUUGCUGUAAAGAAACCACCAAUAGGAAGACGAGAAUUGCUUGGGCCAAGAAACACAAGGAAUGGAUAUUAGACUAGUGGAAAUCUUUACUUUGGUCUGAUGAGUCCAAAUUUGAGAUUUUUGGUUCCAACGGCCAUGUCUUUGUGGGAUGCAGAAAAGGGGAAUGGAUGGUACAGUAUCUGAAUGUGUGGUUCCCACCAUGAAGCAUGAAGGAGAAUGUCUGGCUGAUGGUGUGAAGGUGCUUUGCUGGUGACACUGUUAGUGAUUUAUUCAAAAUUGAAAGCACACUUGACCAGCAUCACUAUCACAACAUUCUACAGUGACCUACCAUCCCAUCUGGUUUGCACUUAGUGGGACUAUCAUUGGUUUUUCAGCAGGACAAAAAACCCAAAACACGCCUCCAGGCUAGUUAAGGGCUAUUGAACCAAGAAGAAGAGUGAAAGAGAGACAGCUGCAUCAGAUAACCUGGCCUCCACAAGCACCUGAUCUAAACCCAAAUGAGAUGGUUUGAGAUUAACUGGACUGCAGAAAAGCAGCCAAAAAGUGUUCAACAUAUAAAGGAAGAAAUUCCUUCAAGACUGCUGGAAAACCAUUCCAUGUCACUACCUCACAAGUGUGCAAAACUGUCAUCAAAGUAAAAGAUGGAUACUUUGAAAACUACAAUAUAAAUCAACAAUAUAAAUUGUUUUGCAUUGUUUACACUUUUUUU